AUGUCGACGGUGCCAGGUCCACAGCCAUCGGGGAGAGCUCGGUCAGUCUCACAGCCCAUUCGCGAUGGUGUUUCUCAGGACAUUAUCGCUCGUGCCACCCAAAGCAAGCCAGCGAGGUUGAGCGUAUCACGCGCUCAAUCAUCAAACUCGGUGCUGCGGACCACCAAAUCGAUAGAGGCAAUAAACACGCAUGGGCGCGCUCGAAGCUCCAGUCUGAUGACGGUGACGGAGGUGGGCGGGGAUGAAUUUGAGAAUGUCGUCGAUCGCUCGGGCAUGGGUACGAAUGAGAAUGCUGCUUGGGUCAAUGCGCCAGGUGCAUGGAUCAUGCAUCCUAUCCUGAUACUGCUGGUCAAGAUUUUGGUCGAUGCGCUUCCAAGCAUGACGCAGGAUGUCAGCUGGACCGUCGUCAAUCUGGCGUACAUGGCUUUGUCCUUUCUGAUGUUCCACCAUGUCACUGGCGUACCCUUCGAGUCGACGAUGACCACGGGCGGGGUGUAUGACGAGUAUACCUUGUGGGAGCAGAUUGACUCGGGGGCGCAUUACACGCCGGCCAAGAAGUGGUUGACCAGUGUGCCAAUAGGACUGUUUCUGAUAUCGACACAUUACACUAAAUACGAUCCGGUACUAUUCACGCUGAAUUUCGCCGCGCUUGUCUUUGUCUUGUUUCCAAAACUCCCUAUUCUCCACCGUCUGCGCUUUCACUUUAUGCCUGCUGUGAAUGCAACGCCAGGACCGUCGAGACCACCGAGUAGAUAG